CCGAGGGAGGAGGAAGAUGGCGGCGGGGGCGAGGUGAGGUGUUGGCAGUGGCGAGGGCUUCGGGCGCGGGGGGUGGGGGGACCCGGGGCGAUGGCCCGCGCCGGCAGCCGGGGCGGAUAGAGAGCCGUGGCGCCGCGGGUGCGGGCGGGCGGGCGGGAGCAUGACGGGGCUGUACGAGCUGGUGUGGCGGGUGCUGCACGCGCUGCUCUGCCUGCACCGCGCGCUCACCUCGCGGCUCCGCCUGCGCUUCGGCACCUGGAACUGGAUCUGGCGGCGCUGCUGUCGCGCGGCCUCCGCCGCGGUCCUAGCGCCGCUCGGCUUCACGCUCCGCAAGCCCCCGGCGGGAGGCCGGAACCGCCGGCUCCAGCGGCGCCCGCGCGGGGGGCCGGGCCCGGCCGCCGCCCACCCCCGGCUGCGCUGGCGCGCGGACGUCCGCGCCCUGGAGAAGCUGCCGGUGCACAUGGGCCUGGUGGUCACCGAGGAGGAGCCGGAGCCCAGCUUCUCGGACAUCGCGAGCCUCGUGGUGUGGUGUAUGGCCGUGGGGAUCUCCUACAUCAGCGUCUACGACCACCAAGGAAUUUUCAAAAGAAAUAAUUCCAGAUUGAUGGAUGAAAUUUUAAAACAGCAGCAGGAACUUCUGGGUCUAGAUUGUUCCAAAUACUCAACGGAGUUUGCAAAUAGUAAUGAAAAAGAUGAUCAAGUUUUAAAUUGCCAUUUGGUAGUGAAGGUGCUGUCCCCAGAAGAUGGAAAAGCAGAUAUUGUGAGAGCUGCUCAAGACUUCUGCCAGUUUGUAGCCAAGCAGCAAAAGAGAGCCACAGAUUUGGAUGUAGAUAUGUUAGACAGUUUACUUAGUUCAAAUGGUUUCCCUGAUCCUGAUUUAGUAUUGAAGUUUGGUCCUGUGGACAGCACAUUAGGUUUUCUUCCCUGGCAAAUCAGAUUGACUGAAAUUGUCUCUUUGCCUUCCCACCUAAACAUCAGCUAUGAGGACUUUUUCUCUGCCCUUCGUCAGUAUGCAGCCUGUGAACAGCGUCUGGGAAAGUAAUGAUCCCUGGUUGUGUAAUUUGAUUUCAGGCUUUUGGAGAAAAGGACUCAAGUGACUCUGAUGUUUACAAAGCACCUAUGAAACCCUGUAUACACCUAGUUCAUAUUCCUCAUAAUUUAUCAACAAACACAAAAAAGUGUCUUACUUGAGAGUGAAUGAGUGUGUGCGUGUGUGUAUGUGUGUGCGCGCGCGUGUGGAAAUACACUUAUAAAUGGGGGGAGUGUUGGAGAAAGAAUACACAAACCUGCAACUUGGAACAAAAAUAGCAGCGAUGUUUUAGGAGCUGAGAUUUCAGAUUAAAGGCUUCAGCCCCUGCCACUUCCCUGUUUCUGUGGGGAGAGGAGGGAAUGAUUGGAGCUGUUUUAGUUGUUGUUUGGUGUUGAAGAAGGAAUACCUUUUGUCCAGUCUUUUUGUAGUGACCAAACUUUGAUUUUUAAGAAUAAUAUAUGGACUUGUUAAAUGGAAACAUUCUGAGUUUAAGGAGCUUCAGAGAAAUGAAGUUAUUCAGAGUGUCCUCAUUGUCAGGCAGAGGGAAUACCUGUCUCAGCUGUCCGUCCAUUUCAUUUCUUAGUAAUGUUGCUCUGGUGUCUAUUCUGAGUGGUAAAGCUCAUUUGAAAAAGAACUCAUACACUGAAAUACAAAAUUAAAAAUUUUAAUUACUAAAUUCUUAAAUAUUGAAUUAGUCAUAAUCAAAUCAAUAGGGCAAAUGUCAUAAUCUUAAAAGUCAAGGUAAAAAUUUUCCUAAAAAGAGGAAAGUAAGUUUUGAUUUUUUUUAAAUGAAUAGUAUCGGUGUAGUGCCCAAAGUUAUUUUAAAAAUAUUUCCAUGUACUGUUUCUAUUUAAAAUAAACAUUUGACAAAAGUUACCUUCCCCCCUCCCCAACCUGCCCUAAAGUAACUGGUUCCUCUUUGGAAUAACACUUGGGAUUUUUAUUCACUAAAUCCCAAUGGUAAUUUAGUAUAAAAGAUAAGUACGAUUUGAGGCCUGUAUAGGAUAUAAAAGUAUUACCAGAGUCUGUGAAAAUAAUUUAAUUUUCCAUGUUCUCUUUCAUGGCAGAGAACAGCACUGGUUCUGUUAUUUUUCAAAUGAAUAAGUGAUUUCUUGAUAAGUGUUUUAAUACUAUUCCCUCAUUGCUGAUCCUGGAACAGAAACUAUUUGUAUUUAAUGGACGUUUUUCCAAAAACAAUUAUCAAGAAGUGUACAGUGCUUAUGUACAUUUAGAAUGGAUUAGCUUAAAUACUAGGUCUCAGAAGUCUGCAAAAUAAAAAUGGAAGGCUGGAUAUAGAAAGCAUGGUCUGGAAUUGCUUGCCAGAUUCUAAAGUGAUGAAGAAAAAAUGUUUCAACUUUGAAUUACAAAACCCCAUUUAUGAUUUUUAAAACAUACUUGAAAUAAAAAUGAUUAAACUAAAUUUUGGUCCAGUGACAUUACUUCACAAUUCAGUUGUUUGUACAACUUUUUGUAGUGUCUUAUUGAAUUCAUUGCCAAAAUUUUGUGUGAAAUUAUAACAACUUUAUUUGAGAAUUUCCUGCUUCUUUCCCCUGUAAUGUGAUCCAUAUCCUAUUGAAUUUCUUUUGCAGGGGGGGAAUAAGGUUAAUUUAUGACACCUUGUGCCUCUGAUUGGCUUGAUGAUGUAAGUGCCAUUUAGAAACGUUCUGGAGUCUAUAGUUUUAAAGAAUUCAAGUGAAUGGUUCUAAUUGAAGAGAUUUAAUGUUUGUUAAAAUGAAUCUAGUCAAAUUAUCCAUUGAGAUAUAACCUAAGUUCUGAAAGAUUUCAGUUUUUUUUGCCUUUCUCCCAUCUUAUGAUAGUAUGUGCACAGCAAAAAUAAAUGUAUGUGACUAAGGUCUGUUGUCAUAGGAAGAGGGCUUUAAAACAAGCGACUAAGAUUUUGCAGUCAAGUAUAGGAGGAGCUCAACUGCUAGUUCAAUCUCUACAACUCAUAGCACUGGUCAUUCAAGAACUGCCAAAAUCAUCACAAAUUCUGCAUCAUAGGGCUCCCUUUGCACUCCCGAGAGGUGGUGAUAACCGGAAGGAAAGUAGAUGGCCUCAUGGAUGGAAGAUUGUUUUACAUUAUUCUUGACACUCCCCACAGUGGCUUGAUAGGUGGAAGCUUAGAGCACAGCAAGAAGCUAGAGGAUUUUAAUCCCAUUCCCAAUUCUGGUUGUGUUUUGCUUCUUGAAAUUUAGUUGGUUACUAUUACAGAGUUUAAAGGCUGGUUUUAAUGUGAAUAGCAAAUGGUGGUGUAUUGUGACUAAGGCUUGAGAAUGCCUCUUUCAGAGGAAAAUAUGACAUUAAUGAACAGUGCCGUGUGCACUGUGCAUACUUACAGUUUAAUCUUGGAAUGUAUGUUUCUUAAUUAGCUCCCACCUCUUGUGUGAAGGUCUGAUGCGCAGUCAGUUAACUUGUGAUGUUUUGUAUGGCUGUUGACCGUGGCAAUAUGUAAAUACAUGUACAGCAAGUUUUUAUGAUUAAGGAAUCAAAUUUAUUGAAUUUAUUAUUGAAAGUUGAAACUUAACAUGUAUGAAUAAAAACCAAUAAAAUAUACUCUUUUCAUGGA